GGAAUGUCUAUCACAUUUCCCAUAUAACACUCACCAGUUCCCUAUUACUUUGCAUAAACUAAAAACAGAGGCAAAAAAACAGAGCAAUAAGAACAGUUCAAAAGAAGAAAAAAUUAAAAAAAAGGAGAGAAAUCUGACGCUAUUGAAGAGGCAGAAGAAAUAGCUGAAUUGGGGAUCAUCUGAGAAGCUACCUGCCCUGGUCGAUAUAUGGCUUGAUUAGAAUUCUGUGAAGAGAAUUUUUUUUUUUUUAACUAGGAAUAGUGUGAUUGGAAAGAUGGGUUACAUUUGUGAUUUCUGCGGGGAUCAACUGUCGAUGGUAUAUUGUCGAUCUGAUGCUGCCUGUUUAUGUUUGUCAUGUGAUCGAAAUGUUCAUUCUGCUAAUGCACUUUCAAGACGCCAUUCAAGAACACUGUUGUGUGAAAGAUGCAAUUCUCAACCUGCUUUUGUUAGAUGUGCAGAAGAAAGAGUUUCCCUCUGUCAGAACUGUGAUUGGAUAGGUCAUGGUGCCUCAACCUCGAAUUCAACACAUAAGAGGCAAACUAUUAAUUGUUACUCUGGUUGCCCAUCAUCUUCGGAACUUUCUUCCAUGUGGUCAUUUUUCCCGCAGUCCCCUCCGGCAGGUGAAUCUAGUUGUGAGCAAGAAUUAGGUCUAAUGUGCAUCACAGAAAACAUAGAGAGGACUUCCUGGGGCGCUAUAGAAAAUACCAUAAACCAGAAUAGUGCUGGUGUUGCUGAAGUUAAUCAUGACUCCAAUACUAAUAAGGGAACCGGCUGGGGUGGGACUUCUUCAAUUCCUGAUCUCAGAUCUAUGCCUCGAGUUCUGGAUCAGCCGCCUGGACCAACAGGUGCAUCGUUACCCAAGUGUCCUGGAAUAUGUGAAGAUGAUCUGUAUGAUGACUUCAACAUGGAUGAAGUUGAUUUGAACCUUGAGAAUUAUGAAGAGCUCUUUGGGGUAACUCUCAAUCAUUCAGAAGAACUGCUAGAGAAUGGUGGAAUUGAUAGCUUAUUUGGGACGAAGGACAUGGCUGCUGCUGAUUCCAACUGCCAGGGUGCAGUGGCUGCUGAGGGAUCAUCUGUUGGACUGAUCAAUGCAAUCCAGCCAGCUUGCAGCAAUGCAGCAUCUGCUGAUUCCAUGAUGAGCAGCAAAACUGAUUCAAUUCUGUGUUUUACAGCAAGGCAAGCCCAUUCAAGCGUAUCAUUUUCUGGCCUUACUGGAGAGAGUAGUGCAGGAGAUUACCAAGAUUGUGGGGCUUCGUCAAUGCUUCUCAUGGGAGAACCUUCUUGGUGUCCUCCAUGUGCUGAGAGCUCCUUCCAAUCAGCAACUCGAAGCAAUGCGGUCAUGCGUUACAAGGAAAAGAAGAAGACACGGAAGUUUGAUAAGCAAGUGAGAUAUGCCUCUCGCAAGGCAACGGCUGAUGUGAGAAAGCGCGUAAAGGGACGCUUUGUCAAAGCCGGUGAUGCCUAUGAUUAUGAUCCAUUGAACCAUACCAGAAGCUGCUGAGAGUACAGUUUUUUAACCAUGUUUAAAACAAUGCAAAGGAAAGAAAAACAAGACGUUAAUUAGAAAGAAAUGGCUUUCCUUACCUAAAAAUAAAGAUUGAUGCUUAAUACUCUUUCUUUCAACUAGUUAAAGAUUAAAUGACAAGCUGUAUGGUUUGAUCACUGGGCUCCAGGUUUCCAUCAGAAGUUGGAUGCAAAAACCCGAAAAAAGAUUGCCAUGAAUAAAUCGCAGUGGCAUGGUCCCCAGUAGAAAGCUCGAUGGAUCACAUGACAUCUUGUGGCAAGAUCUUCCCAGAUUGUAUUUGCUGUCAAACCAAGCUGUGGGUUUCCAGCACCUGCGAUAAAACGUACAAGCAAGCUCACCUCAGUUCUUUUUAGUACAAAAUGAGAGUGCUAAUUGAUCCUCCCAAGUCGUAUUUUAUGUUCCAGUGUUGGUUUAUGCUAACAAGUUUUAACCUUAAGCUGUUCUCUGCGCUUCUAUAAAAGCGGCGGCGGCUGCUGCCGCCAUGACAUGCUAACUUAAAAUGUCCAAUCACAGCUGAAUCUCAUGCAGCUGUAAUUUUGUUCUUCUUGCUUCCUAUUCAUAUAUGCAUAGCUUAGAUCCUUUGAAUGUACAGUAUAGGAUUUAACUGUUUUGCACUUGGGAUGAAAUCUUUUGUUACCUGUACAAAGUAGAAAAAAAGCAAAAAUUCGUUACAUUCUUUUGUUACCGCUAACUGAAUGCGAACAGAGAUUAUUUUUAUAUUUUAUACAUGUAUGUUUUAAAA